AUGAAAUCAGCGCGAAACAUCUACAAGGACGAAGUCGACUUCGCGGCGCUUGCGCUGCAGUCCCCAGACUUUGCAAAACACGUGAAGCCGAACGGGCAAUUGGAUUUCACCGAUCCAGAUGCUGUCAGACAAUUGACCAAGAGCCUCCUACUGCGCGAUUUCGGCCUCAAGGUUGAUCUGCCAGAGGACAGACUAUGCCCUCCGGUGCCAAAUAGGUAUAAUUACAUUCUAUGGUUACAGGAUCUCUUGGAUACCACAGGAGACGAAUAUCGGGAUCGUUACGAUCCCGACAGAGAUGUAAUCGGGCUAGACAUAGGCACGGGCUGUUGCAGUAUAUAUCCGCUUCUUGGAUGUGCUUCACGACCGCGAUGGAAGUUCGUAGCAACAGGUGAGAAUACAGCAGAAUCUGAAAUUCAGGAAGCUAAUCACGACGAUGCAGAUGUCGAUGAGCAGAACAUAGAAUCAGCACGACGCAAUGUCCAACAAAAUAAGCUUGAAUCCAGGAUCAAGGUUAUUCGGACAAUACCGGAAGGCCCUCUUAUUGACCUCGAUCAGAGACUUGAGGUCGAAAGGUUAGACUUUACCAUGUGUAAUCCGCCAUUCUACGAGUCCGAGCAAGAGAUGAUUGCCUCAGCAGAAGCAAAGCAGAGACCUCCAUUUUCAGCAUGUACUGGAGCAAACGUGGAAAUGGUAACCACUGGUGGUGAAAUUGCUUUCGUUACAAGGAUGAUUGAAGAGAGUCUUGAGCUUCGAGAAAGGGUGCAAUGGUACACAUCCAUGCUUGGGAAGCUGAGCAGCGUCUCUGUCCUUGUGGAAAAGCUCAUGGAGUACGGAAACCACAACUACGCCGUCACCGAGUUCGUCCAGGGAAACAAGACAAAGCGCUGGGCAAUAGCAUGGUCAUGGGCAGACUUACGCCCAGAAAUGUCCGUGGCUCGAGGUAUCGCCGGCUUCCCCAAACACCUCCUCCCGUUCCCGUCAGAAUUCAGCUUCCAUAUAUCCGACAAAUCGAUCGACGAGAUCGGUCAAAAGGUUAACACUGAGCUAUCUUUCCUUCCUGUCCAAUGGCACUGGCGUCCAGGAAUGGCCGCAGGUGUAGGCUUCGCCAUGGAGAACGUCUGGUCCCGUCAAGCACGUCGAAAGAGACGUAACGAGGACGCAGCAGUCAAGAAAGACGAAGUCGACGAGAAGAAGGCGGCUCUGGGAUUCAAAGUCCAAGUCAAACAGGAGAGAGCCUCUGCGAAUGAGGUGGCCGUACAGGUCAGAUGGCUGAAAGGAACUGAUACGGUCCUGUUUGAGAGUUUCUGCGGUAUGCUGAAGAGGAAAGUGGAGGAGAGAUGACCUUAUGAUGAGAGAAUAUAAUUUGUAUUACAUGCUCGCUUUUAGAUGAUAUUAGUCGCUGCUGAAGAAAAAAAGUCUAUCCCCAUCCUCAAAU